UCUCUAAAUUUAUGUGUAUUGAUUAGGAUUUGUCUGUUUUUGUGGCAGUGGGGUGGGGUUGUUUUCAGAUGGGUUUUGGUAGGAAAGCAGACCCUGAACCAGGAAGAUGCAGGAGAACAGAUGGGAAGAAAUGGAGGUGCUCUAAAGAUGCAUUCCCUGACUCCAAGUACUGUGAACGCCAUAUGCACAGAGGCCGUAACCGUUCAAGAAAGCCUGUGGAAACCUCCUCUCUUAUCCUGAACCCUUCUUCCUCUUCCACAUGUUCUUCAUCGUCUUCUUCUUCUUUAAUGGCUUCUCACCAUUCUUACAAUAAUAUCCAUCUCCAAGCCUUACAAAAUCACCAUUCUUCAUCUUCGAGACCUCCUGAUUUCGGGCUUUCGCCGCCAAAUAGCAAUACCCAUUUCCACCUUGACUCUGGAUCUUACUCUUCCGCUGAUAAGGAUUACAAGUAUUUUCAUGGGCUAAAGGAAGAAGUGGGUGAGCAUCUCUUCUUCUCAGAAGCUUCAGGGGCUGCGAAAAUCGAUAACAUAUCAAGUGAUUAUUCGCAAUUUGAGAACCUUCAACAUCUCUCUAAACAGCAGCCUCAAAAUCAACAACAAUACUGGUUCUUGGGUGGCAACUUGAGGCCACAACAACCAGUUAAGGUGGAGAAAGAACCGGAAGGCCAAAUGCUAAGGCAUUUCUUUGAUGAAUGGCCAAAAACUAGAGACUCAUGGUCUCAACUUGAGGACAGGGCUUCUUUCUCCACAACCCAACUCUCAAUUUCUAUUCCUAUGGCUUCCUCUGACUUCUCUGCAACCAAUUCCCGUUCCCCUCCAUGAUCAUUGAUCAACGGAGGGGAGUCAUCUGGUUCAGAAGACACCAGGCAUUAGACCUGGUCAUUCAGAUUUGACAUGGCUAUGGCUCAUCAGAUCUCCUGCUUAUGAAACCUCUCUUUAGUACUCUCUUAACUUCAUGCUUUCUGCCAUAAUUCAAUAGAACCUCUCUCUAGUACUGUUCUCAUCCGUU